UCUUUUUUGCACUGUUUAUAAAAUUCGUUGAUUUUCGUCCGCAAACACUAAGACGAAAAUGAACAUCAAUAACACUUACUGUACCAGCGAUCCAGAAACGCGUAAAAAAAUCCUCGACCAUUUCAAGAUAAAUCCCGCGAGUUUAAAACGUGAUGUUGAUAUUAUCAAAGAAUGGAUCAAGCAAAACCCGCAUUUCCCUCAAGGGACACAAGAUGACGAUUUUAUUGAAAAAUUGCUACUGAAGAAUAAGUUUAGUGUGACUGCGACCAAGGACCGGAUUGAGAAAUAUUACACUUUGAAGGCGAUUCAGGCGGAGGAUAUGGCCAAAAUUAGGUCGGCUUUGCCCAAAGAAACGGCACCAAUGAUUAUUCCACUACCGAAACUUACGGACAAAUUGGAACGAAUCAUUAUUAUGAAAGCGAACAAAAAUAUGAAUUUUAUGGACUCCGAAGCGGUCCAAAGGUCAUUCAAACUGUCCAUAGUAGUGAGCGAAUAUGGCCUUAGAUGCGACUUUAGUGUGUCCCACAGGAUUAUCCAGGAUUUUGAAGGAUUUGAUCCUGAACAAUUCAGACAAUAUGCCAUUUCGUUGGCAACUUUCCCAAAACCAUACGCUGGAGCUUAUUUUGCUAGAGUGGCUGGAGUCGAAUACAUAAAUGUGCCACCAUUGGUCGAGAAUUUUUUUAAAGGGAUGCGAAAUUUCGUCACUGAUAAAAUAUUCAGAAGGUUUACAGUUCAUAAAGAUUAUGAAUCGCUCCAUAAAAGCAUUAAUAAGGCCUAUUUGCCCCCGGAAUACGGAGGUGAAUUGCAAACACCUCUUAAUGAGUUGAUUGAUAGGUGGAAUAAGGAGAUUGAGAGUAAUUUGGAAGUUCUUGAAAAACUGGUUGUUGAGGAAGUGGCAAGAGAACAUUUAAGGGUUGGGAAGGCAAGGUUUGAUGACAUUUUUGGGGUUGACGGUACUUUCAAACAACUGGAAAUUGAUUAAAUUUUAUUUAGUUAAAAAUAUCCAAUAAAUAAAAAUAAGUUAAUCCAAA